AAAUACAGAUGCAUCAACAACAAAAAUGUUUAACCUCCGGUAGUGGACCCCGUGGUUUUGAGGAGGUUAAAAGAAAAAAUUAUAUAAAUACUUUAUUGGAUACCAAUAAACAGUCAUUAUCUUUAUCAACGAAACUUCUAAGAAAUAUUACACAAUGGCCGAUGAUCCAGAGUUAGAGGCUAUUCGUGCUCAAAGACUUGCUCAAAUGCAAUCCCAGGUACCAAAUGGUGAUCAACAGCAACAAGAAGCUAUGAAAAGAGAGUUGGAAAUGAAAAAUGCUAUGCUCACUCAGUUAUUAGACCAAGGCGCUCGAGCCAGAUUAAACAGUAUAGCAUUAGUUAAACCUGAAAAGGCUAAAAUGGUAGAAAAUAUGAUUAUUCAAAUGGCAAGAACUGGCCAAAUUAGUGGAAAGCUAAAUGAACAGUCAUUGGUAAAUAUUUUGGAAAGAAUUAAUCAGCAAAUGACGAAGGAGAGCAAAGUGGUGAUUAAUCGUAGAAGAUAUUCAAUCGAUUCUGAUAACGACUAAGGUUUUUGGGUGUUUGAAAUGUUUGAUCAAUUAAGCUUGUAAACCGCCAGAUUUUAGGAUUGUUUUAAAUACUAUUUAUCUUUUGAA